AGCCAGUCCAUUUUCUCAUUGUCAUCGACUGCACCAAUGGUCAUCUUUUUCGCCUUCCUUUUCAUACGACAAGUCUUUUUCUGUCUUGACGAGACACGCAUGACGAAUGUUCUCUUCAACGACACUCAAUUGUGGACUCAUCUGUCCACCUGCAAUUACGGCACUCACACGUACAUGUACAUCCUACGACGCCGCAACCCCAUACAAAGACGCCGCACGUCAUGGCACUCCAAUAAAAGCACAAGGCAAAUCAGCACAGUCUUGCCACGAAUCAACGCCCCAUCCAUCAUGCCAUUAAUUGAUCAUCACAGUGUCCUUGCAACUCGUACACUACACCUGAGUAGUACUGCUUUUUUCAUGCACUCUUGGACACAUCUGUCUGUCUGUCUGGCUGGCUGGCUUGUUCACUAUCGCACCAACCCAUCCCAUCCGCCAUGGAUAAAAAUCACAAUGCACGCAUCACAGAAGAAAUGAAGGAAGGGCUCGCUGCCUGCCUGCCCGCUUAAUCCCGGUGUCCCUGAUUGUAUACGUGCACCGCACUCUUGGCCUUGGCGCGACACACGGGGUAGGUCAGCACCUUCUUCUUGUCCUUCUUGGCCGUAUCCUUCAUUCGCUCCAAGCACCCUGCACACGCCACACAUGUGCAUACACGACACUGUUCAUUGAUCGACCCCCAUACGCACAUACGUACGUACCCUUGCAGAGGCACUGGUGUCCGCACGGCACGAGUGCAAUGUCAUUCGGCUCCGCCAAACACACCACACACGUCGUGAUGGUUUUGUCCUUUCCGCCGCCUUCGGCGUGCUUGGCCCGUUCCUCCUUUAGCUGUGCCUGCAUGUCAGCGAUCAUCUUGGCGGCGGCCUCCUUCUCUUUGCGCAGCUGCUCGGCCGCCUCUCUGUCUUUUGCCUCCUUUGCUGCGGCGAGGCGGCCCUCCACAUCUUUCUGGUAGGACUCGUCUCGCAGCUUCAUCAGGUGCUCGUUGGACUGGUCCCUGAGCUGCUUCAGGCGAUCCGACUCACUCUUGGCAGACUGCUGGAACUGCAUGACGGCGGGAAUUGACGUGAGGCCGUCAAGCUUCUCCUUGGUCAGCCUGAGGAGAACACACAGGCAGGUAGGCAGGCAGAUAGACAGUGUUGAUAAGUCUUCUCACCGAUCUGCGUCGCGUUGCCUGAGGUCUUCGUUGUCGUCAAUGAGGCCUUGCAGCCUGCUCCUGUAUGCGGCCCUCUUGGCCUCGGCCUCGCUAACCGACACGAUCAACCUGAAACAAACCAGACACGCAUACAGAGACAUACGUACGAUUGUGCGUUCCAUCUGUGAGUGUGUUCGGUGCCGUCUUACUCAUGGAUAACGGUGUGCACGUCCUCCAUGUGUUCUUUAGCCAUGGCGAUUUUUGCAGCAAUGUCGCACUCGGAACGGUCCAGCUCGUCCAGCCAUACACGCUCUGUAGCAGCAGCAGCAGAUGGCGGAGGGCUGCAGACAUGCCAUCACACAUAUGCAGACGUACGCAAGGGCCGCAUGCCUUGUCUGCUGCCGCCCACCUGUCGCUCCUUGGGGGCAUGGCGGGAGGGGGAAUGGGAGUUGGGGCUCGGUCAUCACUCGAAGGCGCGGUUGGCUGCCCUCCGCUGGCGGCCUGUGAGAGCUCCAUCAGCCGCUGCGACACGUCUGAGGUCAUGAGUUGGCGCAGCUCCGUGUCGCGCAUGUCGAUGGAGCCCUGGAACCGCCGCACAUCGUCUGCUGUGGCCUUCAACGCAAGCUCAUCCUCACUCAAACUGAUAUACACACAAAGGGCAGACAAGGAGAAAUAAUAGAAACACAGAUUUAGGCGCACACGUGUUCCUGCCUGCCUGCCUGCCUGCCUGCCUACACGGGAUUGGCCUCGCGCAGUCUGUCGUUUUCGUCCGUGAGCUGUGCCUCUUGUGCCUCCAUCUGGCCGAGCAACUCCAGGACGUGACGCAGAGAAGCUUCCAAACUGACGAGCAACAACAGGGCAAGACACACAAAAGCGUCCUUCACAUGGAAGAGCACGUUGGCUGUGCUGCGCACCCUGUCUUCUGCUCCUCUGCAGCGGCGAUCUGCCCCUUGAGCUGAUCCAAUUCCUCAGCCGCCUCCUGGAGCGAUGCAGCGAUGGCCAUCUCAGCCUCACGUUCCUCGUCGGUUCUGCACACACACAAAACACGACGACACACACUCGAGUUGAUACCAGUGAUACAUACUCACAACCGUGUGGCGUGUGUCACCUGUGGUCUCUUUCCACUGUUGCUGCUGCUGGUGCUGCCGCUGCUUCCAGUGGUUCUCGAUAGCGUGGCCCGCCCUCAAAGGACGACGGGAUCUCCUCGAGACCGGCAGGCGGUGGAAGAGAGACCGAGGCUUCGAAAGAUACUGCAGCAGUGGGGCUGUGGUCUUGGUCGUCGCUGGGUGGUGGUUCGCUUGCCGCCCCGUCCUCUUCCCCUUGCGCACUCCUGUCCGCUGUCGGCAGCCGGUCACCUUCAGACAGGUCUGCAGCCCUCUCGUUGCUUGGCUGAGGUGGACUUGCUGCGGGUGGCAGCAACUGCACAGAUGACUGGAGCGUCUCGGUGUGGUGUGGUGCGGGUAGCGGAUCUUCCCUCACCUCAACAUCACCACUGCUUCAUACCACAGACAGAGAGACACAGUCGAAUAAUCUGUGGAUGUUGUGAAGGCUGAAUGACGUCUGACCUGUCGACAGGGGUGGUGGUAGCAUAUGACUCGACGGCCGAUCCCUCGUGACGCCUCACGACCAUGCCCCUUUUCCCUUUCCUCCUGCGUCGCCUUGCCUGUCUCGUCAUCGACAGCUCGCCAGCCUCGUGCUCGUGCUCGUGCCCGGGGAAGAUCUCACAUAGGUCCACAUGUGAGCAGAUGUCAACGCGUCGCCGUCUCACUCCUUCCAGCACUUCGAUGAGGGCCUCCUCGCUCGCCGGAUGCCCUGACUUCCGCAGCUGUCUGCUGUAGAACUCGACUGACAUAAAGAAGCCAUCGCUAAGAUCCUCGGGGUCAUUCGCAUGACCCAUGAACAAAGUGAGGCCUUCCCCCACUCCGAGCGGCCGACAGGCAAAGCCGACUCCGACGCACGACGAUGGAUCACUUGGCGGGUACCCCUCAACCAGCACACGAAAUUCACGCAGCUGCUCCGCCAUCUGAGGAUAGAGCUCUCGGAACGACGCGUUUUCCGGCAAGUCCACGACCUCUCGACACGCAUCAGCGAGAGCACGCGCCCGUGCAACCAGCCGCUCUCCCACGCCGCCGUCUUGCCAUGCCUGGGGGCCCCUCCAGAAGCACACCGGCAUGUCCACGACGAUGAGUGGGCACCCCGAUUCACGAAAGAUGGUCAAGUCGGGUCCCACGCCAUCUGCACACCUCCAGCCGAGACUCGCAUGCCCGCAAACGAUCCGAAUGGGAUGUCCAAUGUGCAGACAGGCCAGCUCGAGCGCCUUGCACAGGCCCUGAGGCGUGAGAGACUCCGCCCAUGAGGCUGACCCAGCCAGAAGGGCCCAUGAGCCUUGCACAAAACCGACUGUGUCCACGGGCCCUUCUGGCUGAGACCGCUUUUUGCAGACACCCAGCUGCGCGAAACUGAUGACAGCGCUUGUAGGCAGGUGGGAUGCGGCCUUGACCGAAGCCACCAGCGCCUUGGCCGCCUUUAUUGCCUCUUUGAGGAGCUGCUCCUCGAUCGGCCGGGCGGUGUUGUCGCGUGGCUGCGGUGUCGGAAGCGGCGAUGAUGGGGGCACGACGAGAGCAGACGACGAGCGUGCCGCACUAUCGGACUGGGGCAGAUGACACUCUGAAGGCAUACAAGAAAGCGUGGACUAAGUGAUUGUACGCCCUUCGCCCACCUUCGUCAAGUCGGUGAUCUUGAGAUAGCUGAGUGUCAGUCUCAGCACCCUCUGGUACUCGGUCAGGUGCCUGAGCGGCAUUUGACUCACAAUUGCUCGCACGAGAGAGCUGCCGAAAGAAAUAAAUGGACACCAACCAUGAAGAUAUGUGACGAUGAAUGAAGGGAUGGUGAUACGUACAUGAGUAUUGACGGGGCCGCCAUCAUGGCCACAGCAGCCGCAGUGGGCGGUUGUCGAUGCUGGGUGGCUCGUUGAUGCUGCUUCGUCACGAUCUGCAGGCGUUGCUUCUGGUGUGUCUGCAUUCGGCUUCCUUUGCGGAACGCGAGCCAUACGUGUUACUCCGUCGCACCCAUGAAAUGGGACAACAGAAAAGCCUGCAUGUCAGAGAGAGGAGCAACGACACCGAUAAACCCUCCCCCUCUGCCUCUCUCCUCAUUCGCGUGCACACACCUUGUUGUGAUUCAUCGCUGGGCAGACUGAAGUGCCCGGUGGCAUCAUGCCGUUUGCCUUCCAAAUCCAUGCAGAGAGGGUUGGCCCAGCCAGCCACCAGAUUGCAAAACGAAAACACCGUCUUGUUCUCGAUCAGCAUGCCCCUUUCGAGCCCUUGGCAAAGCAACAGCUUCAUCAUCAUGCUCAUCGCCGUCGACACGUCGGGAAGAGCGAUAGACGCACUCCACACAGAGGGACGGCUCAUGUCGCCGAAGCGACAUGCGGCUGCAGGACGAUCCCGACGCGCUCACAGCCAGGCACGGACGAGGCCUCCGAUAUCGCCCUGAGGUGCCGCAAGGCGAAACAAGCUGUCGAAGGCACCUCCCUCGUGUAUUGCAACUGAGUGCCGUUGAGCAUUUUCAGCUGGUUGCGCUGUAAAAGGCUCGUACACCGAGACAUUCCCUCGCAAAUAAACCGGACUGACCACACACACACACACACACACACACAACGCAUAGACGUCUGUCUGUCUGUCUGCAUUUGUACAGCUGCUCGCUCUAGAGUGGACCCAUCGGGCGCCGCAGCGGUCGGUGCAGAAGGAGACCGUCCCCUCUCUUGCACGCCUUGAAAGAAAUUCGCCCCAUCUGCAUGGUAAGCAACUGUUGAGAAGUCUCUUCCUACUGUGCCGUGCAGCUUGCUUACCAUGCACGCCGCGCAUAUAUUGCUGCAUCUUCUUAGGAAUUUCUCGACCCAAAGACGUGCUCCGCUGCGCCGAGUUCGCCCACUCGGCCGACGACAUCACACCAUCGACAAAGCCCCUCCCUGCCGAUAUCGCCUCCUGAAGCUUCUCGUCUGUCAGAUCGGUCGCCCACUGUGUGUGCUGAAAGCACUGAGCCUCGAAGACGAAGCCGAUGACGUCCACACACACCCCAUCGAUAGACGCCUUCGUAGCCACACUGACUUGGACCGCGUCGCCCCUGCCCUGCCUCGCCAGUGCCUCCUUUUCUGACUUGGUAAUCGCCUUGGCCCUGAGCAGCGCAUGCUUGACCGCUGGCAAGGGCUGUUGCGAGUCGAGGGCGGCUGUACUUGCUGACUGUUCGAUGAUGGGUACAGAGAAGAUAGGAUCAUCCGGAGUUGCGAUUGGGAGCUGCUGUGGAUGACUGUUGGUCUCAUCGAUGAACUCGAAGGUCAGGAAGCUCCCCUUUGGUAUCGCCUCGUUGCUGAAGAGGCACACAGUAGGGGCAGUCGGGGCUGCAGUGGAUGGACUUUGGAGAACAACCUGAAAUACAAUCAGCAGUCACUUGAUAGAAGGUGGGUCAAGCUUCCUUACAACGCACCUUGGCUGUCAGGUUUGGUUUGUCUGACCGCGUAAGGAAGCGUGCUGCAUUGCCGAAGUAUGUGGUGUCAAUAGCAUGGCCGAUUUCGCCGAGACUGACGCACGGGAAGACAGGCAGUCGCUUUUGCACACGCUGUUCGACUCGACCUCGUAGCUGAGAGGUGGCGAUCAGCUCGCCAGCAAGCUGCAUCACAAAGACGCCUGCCGGAAUCACUUCCUAGACCACAAGAUGGCACAAAAAGGGUUUGCUCACAUGUAUGACAGCCUUGUGCUCCUCACUUGAGCAAUGAGCGAAUAUCGUUCAUCAUCUCCUCCCCUUUCCACAGCAACACGCCAAUGUACUCCGGGAAGGAAAUGUAAACUAUUAGUACGCAUACAAAACGACAUGCACCCAUACUCGCGGUGUGAUUGUUUUGUUGCUCACUCAGCAGGGUACUGCUCCGUGUUUCCUGCCGUCGGCAGCUUCGUGAAGGCAAUGGACUCCUUGGCGUAUGUGAACGAUAUGUCCUGUUCGAAGAAGGGCCUGUGUCUGCAUCCAAGGAGAGGAAUCGCCAUAUCUUCUUGUCCCUGAGAGAUUAUGUAAUCUCAAUGAGCAAACCAGGCAUUACACAGAUAUCAACAAGAAGCGAACCUGAGAGAUGUCUUGAUCGAUAUUCCAAUCCACAAGCGGCUCCGAAAGCAGAAGCGACACGCUUGCAGGGGGCUAUGUUGGUCGACGCCGUCCUCUGGUGGCUCCAAAGGAAGGUACGCAUUGACAAGCUUGCCACGCAUACUUGUGGGGAUGGGCAGAAUGCGAACGCUGUCAUCCAUGGCCAGAUGGAGCUGGAACGGAAAAUGCAGCUCCUGAAAGAAAUACAAAACCAAGCGGAUCCGUCUCUCAUCCGAUAUGAUCUCGUCUCAUUCCCUCAGUCUCACUGGACGGGGAUAGAAACGGUGCUCCAUUUGCUGUCUCUCGCGCCACUCCCUGAGCCGCUCAUGACUGCUCUCCAAUAGGCAGUCAAAAAGGGCUUUGAAGCACAGAAAGCCACCACCAGAAGUUGACAGCUCGUGAAAACACCCAUCGAGCGGCGAUGCGACGACCACUCGAUGCGGCCGUCCAGACGUGCAUCGAUGCUGCUCCUGGCUCUUGGCGAGAUCCAGGACGAAGGGUGGUGAUUCGGGUGAUGGCAUGCGGUCGUCAUUGACUGCAGCAAUAUAACCAUAUUGUGUGGUAUUGUUUUCUUGUGUGGGACGUGUGUGUCACCUGGAGGUCUCCAACCGGAAUCGUUAGGCAAAAAAGACAGAACGAACUUCCAGCAGCCCUUGCCGGAAUGGUCGGAUGUCCUGAAGGCGUCCUCAACGCAAUAGUGACCAUCAUAUCGAAAGCCAUACCUGCAAUACGAAGAGAAGAGACAAGCACUCGCAUUUGAUGCUUCUGUUGCUCAUGUAUUCCCUAUUGCUCUCUCACCUCGGUGCAACCUCUGAGCGCGUCUCGAAGCAUCGGAUGACCCUCACGUGCAUGCCGCUCACGAACGAAUGCAGCAUAGGUUGAGCAUGUACAUCCCUGCCGUCUGCAUCGUCCCUCACUGCAUAAAGGAUGCGGUCUCCCUUGUCGUCGUGACCAUCAUCAUUGACCAAGACACACGUGCAUAUCUUGAUCAUGGUGUCGCCGAAACGAACACUGACGACUCCAUCCUCUUUGUUGGUAACGCCCGUCAGCCGGAAAAUGUGUGGGAAUGAGAAGAUGGUGCCGGGGGCAACACCCACUGUAUGGUAAGGGGCGGGCUUCACGCGAGGCAUGAGAGGGUCCAGCCACUGUGCGAUCUUCUCCUCAACGCUGUCUGCAGCUGCCUCCACUGAGCUGAGGUCGCUGAGGUCAGGGCAGCUCGCCAGCUCUCGCAUAAACUUGCUCUCGAUGAAUGGCACUCUUGCCUCUUUGGAGAGAAGCAUGUAGCGGUCGAACUCCUCACCCAUCAGCACUGAGCCUGCAUGGAACAGCAAAGCUGAAGAUCUGUAACAAGUCGUCGAUUCCCUUCCCUACCUGAAUCUGAAUCGAUGUCCGUCUCCUCGAGAGGGAGAUCAGGUCGAGUGGCCUCAUCAGCAUGAUCAUUGGUUCUCUCGCAGUCAUCCACGGUGUCGUUUGCUUCACAUAAAGGGCCCGGCUGAGAGGCGGACGGCCUUCUUGAAUCAGCCCCAUCGCGUGCAGCUCCUGACUGAUCCUCACGUGACUCAUCG